AUGUCAAUAAUUGCAAAAUCUUCGCUGACUCAGGUCAUAAGGUGCUGGCGAAUCAGGAAAGUCAACCAUUAUCAAGCAAACGCGUAUCAUCUACAUGAAUGGGUUUUCGGACGAGAGCGACGUCAGACUCGCGCGACUAUAUUAGCAAACUUGCUUGAUGCUUUCAAAAUAUUGCUGGAUAUCGUGGCCACAGAACGACUAGACUCCGGAUGUGAACGUGCUAAGCAAUCUGCCGACUUGCUCGCUAUAAUGGAACCUAAGAUUUUGUUCAUCUGGAAUCCUCACGAUGCAUCCAUCUUCACUGAAAUGAAAACUCUUUGGCAAGACCCCGGGGUGGAGGUUGCGGUUUCGAUAAGCCGCAUACGCGAAUUUGGCGCUGGCUUUAUGAUGGAGGUUUUUGACGACUGUGAAAGUCUUUACCAUUCCAUUGAUCGCAUUUCUGUGCCCGAAUGGGUUCUUAGCGACCAAGAUAUUCCUAGAGUACGACUCAGGACCACGGGAAUCUCCGAGAUCUUCUUCGACAUAGGCCAUAUGACCUAG